AUGAGUUUAAACCCUGCCACUGGCCAAAAUCAAGACAACGUUCCUUCAACUGCUCCAGUCCGAACCAAGAGGAUCAUUAUUCAACACAAUAGUCAUGGAACCACUCUCCCAUCCAAUCAACAGCUUGAUUACUCCAGUUCUGGCUUAUCCGGUACUGAUGAAGACGAAAUUUUCUUUGACUCGGAGAGUUAUUUGAGUGGUGAUCAUGCCGGAAUCGAUAGAAACUCCACAGUGUUGAGAGGUGGAAGAAGAUUGAAGAAUAGUUUGCAUUCUUCAGGUCUCAAUGUUGGAAGUGAAACGAUCAGUGGUACAAGCAAUACCACAGAUAACAUUCCAAUCAGUAAUGCAAGCAGCAACGACAUUGAAUCUACGUCAGCGCAUUACUCCUAUCCACCCAUGACUGGUACUGAUGUAGCAGGAACCACCACACAUAUUGGAGUUUCUAAUGAAUUAAACAAGAAAAAGAAGCUUCGUAAAAAGAAUUUGCAAUAUCAACAAGAUAAAUUCCUCAAGACUAGUUUCAAAGAAUUUAAAGAUUCACAUGGCUUCUAUGGAGGUAUUCUUUCAGAGGAAGACUACAAGAGUUUAUUUGUUAUUCCACACGAAGAAAUUUUCACAACUGAGCACUUUAGAACUGUGAUUGAGCCUGCAUUGAGGGAAUAUGAAGAUACACAAUCACUUCAUCAUAAACAGCAGAAACCAUACAAAGCAUUGAGUGUGAAAGAAAGAUAUCACAAAUUAGUUGAUAAGCAAGCUAAAGAGGCUCUUCAGAGACAAUACGAUGUCGAAUUUAUCUCACUUUUAGAAGAUAUUUUAGUUCCUUUUAUUAACCAAAGAAAAGCAGAGUCGAAUAUUGAAGAAGAAUCAGAAAACAAAGAAAGUCUUGUGGAGAGAUUGAAAGGAAAUUUCAUGGUUUUGGCACUAACAGAUUCACAUAGGCGUUUUCUUACGCAUGCCGUGUGUCAAUUUUAUGGCUUGAAAUCAUUCUCCACUGAUUUUGAUUCACAAAGAGUGACGGUCAUUUCUAAAAGACGGCAUUUGGUUGAGACAGAUCAAUAUCCAAUCUAUGAAACAACGAAAGAUUUACUCUCCACUUAUUUAGCUCAAUCCAAGCCAGAAAAGCCAUCCUAUAUGAUUGGCAAUGAUUUAUUCAAGCAUGAAGGUAACGAAAUUACUGUAUUGGACAAGAAAUCAUUUGUAAAGCACUACAGGAAGAAGAAACAACAUGAAUAA